GUGUAUUCAUUUCAAAGUUACAUUGAAAUAGGAGCAAAGUAGAUUUCUGCAAAAGCUUGAGAAUUGAAACUUUAUGUUAUGCGCGUGCAAAAAGAUGCAGUGAUUGAAUCUGGAGUCGAGCUCGCACUUUAUACAAAAAAUUCCCUCUUUUUCCUCUCCUUUCAUUUUUACUUCCUCCGUCAGUCCAUGCCUACUGCUCACCUCAGCAAUGGCCAUCAUAAGUGAGGAGCCACAGUCACCGCCGCAACUGCGCCACCGUAAAUCCAAUCCAAAGCCCACGCCGGAGCCCGAGCCCGAGCCCGAGCCCAAGCCCGUCUCUCCGCCGACCAAAUCCGCAGAAACCGCCGCCGUGAACCCAUUUUCUUUCUGGUUCUACUUCACCCUUUCCGUCUCUCUGAUCACCCUUACUUGCCUUCUCGUCUCUUCUCUCUCCCCGCAAGAUCCCAAGUCUUGGUUUCUGAAACUCCCCCCAAUUCUCCGCCGCCACUACUCCAAUGGGCGCACCCUCAAGGUCCAAACAGCGCUCAAUCACCCGCAAGUUGAGGUCUUUUCCAUUCAACAAGGGCCCCUCAACGCAGACAGCCGUGUUCUAAUCGUGCACGGCGCAGGUUCUAGUUCCUUUUCUUUUCAACAUGUUGUUAAGUCAUUAGGCACUAGGAAUGUGCGCGCUGUAGCCAUUGAUCUUCCGGGAUCCGGUUUCUCGGAUAAAUCUGUUGUUGUGAUGGAGGAGAGUGUAGGCGGGAGUGAUCCCUUUAGCAAGAUGUGGGAUGUGUAUGAAGAUAUUAGAGAAAAGGGGAUUUUUUGGGGGUUUGAUCAGCUUGUUGAACAAGGGUAUGUGAACUUGGAGGAGAAGGAGGUGAGGGUUUCGAAGAGAGAGAGAGUUAAACCCAUAGAAUUGGGGAGUGAGGAAAUGGGGAGAGUGUUGGGGCAAGUGGUGGAUUCUAUGGAGCUGGCGCCUGUGGAUUUGGUGUUGCACGAUUCCGCAUUAGGGUUGAGUGCCAACUGGAUAUCCGAAAACCGGGGAUUGAUUAGGAGUGUGGUGGUUCUUGAUGGUGCUCCUAGUGGGAUGGCAUUGCCUCUUUGGGUGGUGGGAGUACCUGUGGUGAGGGAGAUUGUGUUGGGGUUCAGGUUCGUGUUUGAGAUGGUUCUUGGAAAAUGUUGUGUGAAAUCAGUUGUUGCAGCCGAGGCUGAGGCGCAUAGGAUUCUGUUGAAGGGGAGGGGUGGGGCAAGUGCUGUGGUUGGGAUGGGGAAGAAGCUCAAUUGUAGCUUUGAUUUGUCUGAAUGGAGCAGUCGAGAUGGUGUUAAAGGACUGCCGUUCCAAGUGAUUUGGUCCGGUGGCUGGUCUGAUGAAUGGACUUCUGAGGGCCGGCAAACGGCUGAUGCCCUUCUUCAAGCUAAAUUCGUCACUCAUUCCGGUGGGCGAUGGAUGCAGGAACAUAAUUCGGAGGAGGUAGCUGAGAGCAUUUACGAGUUUGUGUCCUCGUUACCAAAAUCACCCAGAAAAGCCGUAGAAGAUACAAUCCCUGAUCGUUCCGAGGAGAAGCAUACUGCUACAAACGACGACCAACACCAUCAUGGUCACGGACAUGAGCACGGCCACCACGGUCACGGUCAUGCUGGUUUCAUGGAUUCAUAUGGUAUGGGGCAUGGAUAUGGUAUGUAAGAUUCAUUUUAUGUGAAAUUUGAGUUGUCAUUGAUGCCCCACCCCCAUCCCCACCCCAAAUAGUGGCAUAAUGAUCUUACUAGCAAUAGUGUUUGCUGCAAUUUGAGCAAAAUGCCUAUAUAAUUAUUGGGGUUGUAUGGUCAUAUAUACAGACAAUUUUCAUUGAGGGUUUUUGGGCCUUUGUUUA